UGUAACUCCGGGGAACCCCGCCAAAGUUGAGGUCUCGUUUCCCUCUUACGACCGGCUCGUUCCUGCUCUGGGACUGCUAAGUCCACUUAACUGGGUAAGCCGUCGGAGCAACGGCGCCACAAGGGCUGCGCCGGAAUUUCUGAAAAUCAAAAUGUCAUUCUUGACUCGUCUCAACACUUUGGCAAGACCUCUCUGUUCCUCUCUCUUCUGCAUCUCACGCCAGGCGAUGGGGAUUCAGAAUUAUUGCAUUGGAGGUAGAGAUGCAAUAACUAGGAUGGGCAUGAAAACCUGCUCUCUUCCUUCUGUAGUUGAAGAAGCUUCAGAUUUAGAAUGUGACCAGAUCCAUGAGGAUGUCAAGGCGACAGAGAAAGAUUCUGCACUACGCUUGGCUGUUUCACAACUUGCUAAUGAGUUUACCAGAGAGUCAAUGUUAUCUUUGCAAAAGUUUUUUUGUACGCGUCGUGCACCUGUUAUUUCUACAGGCUCCCUGAAGCUGGACCUAGCUCUGGGAGUUGGAGGGUUACCAAAGGGUAGAAUUGUGGAAAUUUAUGGGCGAGAAGCAGCUGGCAAGACAACACUUGCACUUCAAGUUAUAAAAGAAGCUCAAAAGCUUGGAGGAUAUUGUGCUUAUCUUGACGUAGAAAAUGCAUUGGACUUUUCACUUGUAGAAUCAAUUGGUGUAAAUACCGAAAACAUUCUUGUCUCACAUCCUGAUUGUGCUGAAAACUUGUUGAGCAUGGUGGAUACAUUAACGAAAAGUGGAGCUGUGGAUGUGAUUGUGAUUGACAGUGUUGCUGCCCUGGUCCCAAAACGUGAACUUGAUCAAUUAGGUAUUGGCUGUGAACAAGAUUCUCUGAAGAAAUUACUGACUCAAGCACUACGGAAAAUUCAUUAUUCACUAUCUCACUCUCAAACUCUUAUCAUUUUCAUUGAUCAGGUUAGAUUAAGACCAAAAUCAGGCCAGGCGUGUGGACCUGUUGAAGAGGUUACUUGUGGUGGAAAUGCCUUAGGAUUCCAUGCGGCUGUACGAAUGAGACUUUCAAGAAUGAGGUUGUUGAAAAGUGAGGACCAGGCAGAGGGCCUUGCAAUCUGCGUGCAAGUUCUAAAAAAUAAGCUGGCACCUGCAAUGAAAAAGGUCGAAUUGGGGAUCAAGUUUGGAAGAGGCUUUUGCCUUGAAGCAGAGGUCUUAGAGUUGGCUUGUGAGUAUGGAGCAAUUAUUAAACAAGGUGACAGCUACCUUAUCGAAGGUUUGGCUUUUGAUAGUAAACUUGCAGCUCAACGUUAUUUGGCUGAAAAUGAUGAGAUUCUUGAUAAAUUGGUCGUGGACCUGAGGAGAGCUUUGUUUUAAAGAUAUGAUUCACUAUCUAACGGAUGACCUCUUACAAGCCUGGAUAUUGCCAUGCCCGGUUGCAACUGUUGAGCUUCCCUUCCCGACACUGUCCUUGAUGGGCAUCCAUCAUCAAAUAGGGGAGCAGAAGGGCAUUUCUAAUUCAUAGGGUGCAUUUUGUAGUGAUAAGAAAUUGAAACUUGUAUUGUGCUCACUGAUGUUGCGAGCUAACUGAUUAAAGAAAAAAGGACACUUGAAUUAAAUCAUGGUCUGGAAUCAGUUGCGGAUGUACACCUAUCAAUAUUCUCCCUUUCCAUUGAUUUGAAUUAAGAUAUUCAAAGGAGCCAAGUAUUGAGCACGAUUGGA